AUGCGUCGGCAGAUUAAAAAAAAUGCCACUGAUAUGUAUAUCGCGCUUGUGACCUGCAUUCUAUAUAUCUGUAUCGAGGCUCUCCAGGGUCAUUUUGAGAAAGCCCUACAUUUAUAUGACCAGGGUGCUAGUCUCAUCGCAGCUCUGCCUGACAGAAGAGAUGCGUAUUGGGAUUCGUCAGUCCUGCGAGAUGUUAUUGUCCCAUUAUUCCUCCGGCUGGGUACAUUCGCGUUGGUAACUACGCGGUAUCCGAUUAAAAAUUCGUCGGCAAUUAUUGCAUUCACGGAAACUGCGCUUUGUACCCCCGACGAUUAUCGAACAGCGAUCAUCUCGCUAAUAGCGGAAACGAUGCUUCUCCAAAGAGAAGCAAACAGACAAGCCCGUGCUGGAGAGGUCGUGAGCAGGUCGCCCCUAUUCCAGUCGCGUCAAUGGGAUCUUCAGUCCAAGCUCCAGCGGUGGAGGGUCGACUUUGCCAUAUGGGAUGAAAAGGACUCCUCGUUCGCAGGAACAGCUUUUGCAGCAACUCUAUUGAGUUGGCACGCAGCCAUAUCAGUCAUGAUUUCAAGUUGCCUUAAACAACAUGAGACCGAAUAUGAUAUGCAUUUUGGUCAAUUUCGGUCUAUUGUUAGCUGGUCAAAGCAUAUUCUAGAUCUCUCAGCGACGCCAGGUCGAUCACAAUCACCGUUCACGUUCGAAAUGGGCGUCGGCAUGCCGCUAUUUUUCACCACUGUUAAGUGCCGUCAUCCGACCCUACGCCGAGACGCACUGGAUCUCCUUCGACAAGCGCCUUCGGUACAAGGUUUCUUUAACUGCCCAUUAUGGGCUGCUCUGGCCGAGAAGGUCCUUGAAAUUGAAGAGGGACGGCUUUCCGAAGUAAGGAAACGCGUACUGCUGAAAGGAAGGCAUCUCAGUUUGCCUCCGCGCGAGGACGAACUGGUCAUGGUUGCGCCUGAAGAGUGGUACCCGUCCACUGCCGACAGGCAGCAAGAACUUAUUCCAGAGAAUUACAGAGUCCAUGAUUAUGGAACUUUUCGUCUAGCCAGUUCACGCCUUCGAGAUGGUCUGAGCUCAGACGAAGCGAAAACGUUUCUUCGGUUUACGCGAAACAGACGAAGUGCGAAGGGGGAGUGGUAUUUAGAGGAGCUUUUCUGCAUGAUGUCUUGA